AUGUCAAAACUCAGUACAGCAGAGGAGGUAAACACCAGUAUUCUACAUGUUCUCAAGACGACUUCUCCGCCAAAAACAUAUGGAAAAGAAGCCCGUUCGUUUUUCAUGCUGGAUGAAGAAUACACCAACUUGAACCACGGAUCUUUUGGAUCAGUGCCUCUGGCUGUUCAUGAAGCGGGUGAAAUAUUGUCCCGGUACAUUGAGCGUAAUCCAGAUCGAUAUAUCCGUCAAGAAUACAAUGCUCAGAUUGAUGCUGCAAGGGCGGUAGUUGCAGACCAUAUUGGUGUGGAUCGGGAUACAUGUGUCUUUGUACCUGGCGUCUCUGCUGGGAUUGCAACGGUCCUACGAAAUUUCAAGUGGACAUCUCAAGACAUCAUUGUCUCUACUGACACAAUAUACGAUACCAUAUUAUCAAUUAUUGAAGAAAUAUGUGCAGGAGAAAACCGACCUCGGCACUCUACAUUCGCGUUGAACCUACCGCUCUCUCAUUCUUCUAUCCUGGAUCAAUUUCGUCUUCAUUUACGCUUGCUGAACACUCAGAUCCACGCUACCGCUGGUACCAGCGCUGCUGCUAGGGGUGCAACGACCGCUCCAGCAGGCAAAAUAGUAGUCGUCAUCGAAAGUAUAACGUCUUCUCCAGGAAUCCUCAUGCCAUGGAAAGAUAUGGUUCAAAUUUGUCGAGCGGAAGAAGCUUGGAGUGUUGUUGAUGCUGCUCAUUCGCUGGGACAGGAACUUAAUACCGAUCUCAAAGCUUUAGAUCCUGAUUUCUGGGUAUCGAACGGAGCCAAGUGGGGUUAUGCUAAACGUGGAUGCGCUAUUCUAUAUGUGCCUUUUCGCAAUCAAGAUAUGAUUACUUCGGGAGUACUGCCUGGUUUAAAGUACGCCAGUUCCGGAUUAUCGCCCACUCGGUUUGUGCAGGAAUUUUAUUGGACUGGGUUGAUAGAUCCCGUUCCCCCUAUUAGCAUUGUAUUUGCAAUCAAAUUUCGACAGCAGAUCGGGGGAGAGGUAAUGAUCCAGAAAUAUUGCCACGAACUUGCUUUGCAAGGAGGUCGACGUAUGGCGGAGAUCAUGAACACAACACUAUUAGACUGUCGCGAAAAUCCUGGAGAGCUGAUUGCUAAUAUGGUCAACGUGGAGCUACCAUUAUCGAGUACCACAAGAAAGUCCUUCAAGGAGAUAUACUUCCUCUUCUCUGAGCAGCUUCUGGAGACAUAUAAAAUAUACGCCACGUAUUUCUUAUGGAAAGACAAGUGGUGGACACGAGUGAGCGCUCAAAUCUACAACGACAUAGAAGAUUUUGAGAAGCUUGCGAAUGCGUUCUUAGAGAUUUGUGGUAAGAUCACAGAGUCUAACUGAUGAGAAGGACAGAACAGAUGGAGGAAAAAUCAAACUUCUUGACCGCCAGCUUUGUUACAAUAUUGGU